CUUUUCUAUACACUUACAAUUAACAUAAAUAAACCGAUAUUUCGCGUGGUUCUAAGUUAACACCUUACCUAACAGACAUUUCGAUGUCAGUGGUCUUUGAUUGUUAACCGUUUAUCCAUAAUUUAAUAAUGAUAUUUAACUGAUUACUCGUUUCAAUAUUUACUUACUAUUAAGUUAAAAAGCGAUAAUACUUAUCGUUCCAUCUGCAAGCGAUAGGUAAGGUGUUAACAGCAUCUACAAUUGGUAAGCUGAAAGCAACGGAAGAUCGUGAAAGAAUAGAUCGUUGUCAGGUUCAUACAGAGUCCUUACAAGAAUUACAUUUUCAGGUACACAAGUACGAUCACGUUGGAGAGGGCCGCAACGUUAGAAAUGCGUUAAUGUAAACCAAGAUUUCCUCCCAAGCCCUGUUCCUUCCUCCAUUGGGCUAAUCGGAUAGCGUACCAUGCCUGGAACACGUAAAUGAAAUUAGAUAAAACAUCAAUUAACUUGACUCGCCGGACGGUGAAAAUAUAAAAUGUUUAUUUUCUAGAAAAAGUACCUCAACGUCGGCUUCGGAGAGUCCUGUCUCGGCUGCCAACAGGACGAUAUCCGCUGUGUGAGGUGCCCUCGGCCAUCUGUUAAAUUGUUCUUGAAGAACAGCUUCCUGAUCAGCCGUCAAACGAAUUACACGAAUAUCGUCUGCUCUGCUGGGAUACUGCGGCGAGGCUGACCUCAGCAUUCUGCCUGCGAACAGAGAAUUUAACAUUGAUUAAGUAGAGUAAAACUCUAUUUGUCAAAACGCGUAGGGGACACGAUGAUUCGGAUAACUAGGAUGUAUGGAUAAUAGGUACUUCAUUGAUGAAUCAAUUCGGGCAAGAAAUUUAUCUAUUUUAUUUCACAGUUUGCUCGAAGUGUUAUAGAAAUAGACGCGGUUGCUCGACGAUGCGAGUCGAAGGAAAUAAAAACUAAUCGGAACAAAGUUUUAUGGAAUACGUUGGAUAAGGAAGGGAGUCCAGGUGUACGGCUCUGCAGUUGAGAAAAACCGUGACAAUUAUCGCGACAAAAGGCACGUGAAUCAGCGUUACGCGUCACGAAUACGUGUCUCGAAUAUUUCCUUUUACGGAGAACAAACGUGCUCUGAUCCACGCUAAAGGCGCGAUAAACGUCUGCCCGGUAAAUUGACAUUCGUUACGUAAGCGAAUCUCGCAUUAUCACUUGGAUCGUUUGAUAUAUUGCGAAGGCGUAGAAAUCGUAAUAGUUACAUAAUAAAUGAAUACAAUAACUUCCCAAAAAGAUUAUGCGAAGGUCAACACAAUACACGUGACUGAACUUCUUUAUUAUCGAGUAUAACACUGCGACAACUGACAAUGAGUCCAAGUCCCGUGCGUCGCCGACCUUCCGGACGGAUUCUUGGUAUCUAGAAGGGAGCAUCCCUCUCAGCGUUUCACUCCAAUUCCUAAUAAUGUACUAGCCUUAUCGAGCCCUACGAAAUUUCAAUUCAAACAGUAUCAGUUUCUUACAAAAUUUGGAACGACUAUAAGAACUCACGUUAAACUGAAUUACUUGGAAAGACUUUAUAUUUCACAUGAAGCAGUCAAGAAAAGGGAAAUGCGUAUGGCAAUAAUAAUGGAUAUGAAUGUAUACAAUUGAAUUUCGAUCUCUUGAAUUUUCUUGGCAACACGCAGCUGACGUAGAAGCGAAAGGGUGCUCGAUGGCAGGUAGUUAAGCGAUUACAGUUAAAUAAAAUAUGAGUCGCCGGGUACAAUGUCGUGACAGAAAAAGAGCAAUGAGAUCAACAGACUAUUUCUCGAUCUGUUCAAACAUUUUACAAGAAUGAAGACAACGAAGAACGAGGAUAUUGCUUACGCGAUGAUACCGUUCAAAAUUCUAUCAUGGCCUGUGGGCACUUGGCCUCUCCAGACUUAUAACCGGUUCGCCUUUAUACGUUUCAUCGUAACAAUCGGUAUCUUGUUAUUAAUGCAACUGAUACUCAACUCGGAAGUGUGUUUAAACCCGAGCAACGCUGAAACAAAUCUUGAUGCCCUAAUGUUAAUCGUCUGCGGCAAUUUAGCGCUAUCAAAAGUGAUGAGUUUCCGUGUUCAUUCGGCGAAACUGAUUUUCAAUUUCAUGUCGGCUGUGAAGGAUUAUGACGAACUAAAUGAGGAAAAGAAACGAAUGAUAAUGCGACGACACGCUUACAUGGGCAGAGUAACGUUUGUUUGCGUGAUGCUGUUCGGCAAUGUUUGCGCUGCAAUCCUCACCGCUGUGCCUGUAUUGUUAAAAGACAAUAAGGACAUCAAUAUGACUGUUGAAGACAUAUUACAAUUUCCUGUUCCUUCUGAACAUAUUGUAUUGUUGUUGAAAAUACCAGAGAAUCUUUACUUUCUGGUCUUUCUUGUGGAGUACACGAUGAUGCUGUUCACCCUCGCAGGGAACCUUGGCAGUGAUUUAUUGUUUUUUGGGAUCGUCUUUCACCUGUGCGGUCAAGCGGAGAUACUUAAAAUGCAAUUUAACAGGUUGGUUAACGAUGAUGGUAAAACUACAGAGAGUUUCCGUUUACUGAUCGAAAGGCAUGGUUAUCUACUGAAACUGAGCAAGAUGCUGAACGACGCGAUCAGCUCGGUUUUGAUUAUACAAUUGUUAGCCAGCUGUGUGUUGAUUUGUACAUGCGGAUUUCAGUUCAUUAUCGCUUUGAACACCAGGAAUGCCGUGAUGGUGGUAAAAGCUUUCGUCACACUAGCCACUUUGAUGAUCCAAUUGUUCUCGUACAGUUACGUAGGUAAUUACUUGAAGUCGCAAAUGGAUGGCAUCGGGUAUUCUUUGUACAGUUGCAGCUGGUACGGCCUUCCGACAAAUAUAGCCAAGAACAUUAUUUUUGUCAUACAAAAAGCUCAGGUUCCGGUUUACCUAACGGCUGGGAGGUUCUUCGUGAUCAAUUUAGAAACUUACACGAGCAUUUUAAAGACAUCGAUGUCGUACCUUUCGGUUCUUCGCGUAAUGAUAAACACUUGACUCUUCUGUAUUAGCUAUCGUACGUCCAGUUUAGAAGUAACUCGAUUGAAGAAAAUACUUGAUAGAUAAUACAUAAACGUUGGGGUUUAUAUAAAGUUUAAUAAAGCAAGUGUUGUACAGUCACGUACUGUUAAAAUUAUUUGUCUUCUAUACAGGGUAUUCGACAACAGGUGGGAGAUUUUUUGAGAGGUGAUCCUGGGGAUUAAAACAAGAUGAAAAUCAAA